CGCCUGCAUGCAAUUGCAUGCGCCCGAGGAGCGGCUCCGAGAAUGACCUUCACACUGGAGCUCUCAGCUAGGAUACGAUAGGCCUCCCGCUAGCGCCCCUCUGGUCAGGAGGACGCCGAAGACACAUAAAGCACUGUUCGUGGGGUCCUCGCAUCAACCGAUCUUUCGCCGCUUAUCUUCUGUCUGAGCUUCGAAGGCACCUUGGCUCUUUGGUCGAAGACGUAGCUUCUAAGCAGGCAAGCUACGAGGAUGUCGAGCGGGCCCGACAGCACCACACAGCGCGAGCACGUGCGGACGCACGGCUCGGCUGGGGGCGGGGAGAAUGUGCCCGGGGAGCAGAAGAGCACCGGGACGGCCGUGCUGGAGACGGGUGCGGCCGUCAUGCAGAGCUUCAAGCCCAUCAACCAGAUCAACCAGCACGUGUGCACCUGGGCGAUGUUCCAUGACAACCCCAGCCGCUGCAUCGAGACCCACCACCACGUGGCAGCAGUGAAUGACGACUUCUUCCAGUGCGUCGUCUAUGAUUCAGACAAAAAGGAUGCCAGGAUUGUGGGCGUGGAGUAUGUGGUGUCUGAGAAGUUGUUCCACACUUUGCCAGACGAGGAGAAGAAGCUGUGGCACUCACACUUUUUCGAGAUCCGCACCGGGCUGUGGGUCUUGCCGGGCGUGCCGUCUGCGGCGGAGCGCGGCCUGCUGCCCAAGAUGGCCAAGACGUACGGCAAGUUCUGGAACACGUGGCAGACCGACAAGCACAGCCUCCCGCUGGGCGUGCCCGCGCUCAUGACGUCACCGCAGGAGCAGGCCCCCGUGCCGGCGGACCUGGUGGCCGCGCGCGACAAGCGCUACGGCAUCUCGACACAGGAGAAGGAAGAGGAACGGCGGGAUUUCGAACCCCCCGAAGGUGGUAUACAUCCGCUGUCUGACUACUGGAAGACGGGGAAGGGCUUUGCCCUGGAACUCAAAGAGGUGGAGCUCGUCAAGAACAAAUAAGCGGAUACUUGACGUCAACUUAGGCAGUGGUAGACACAGUUCGUUGCAGGAUCAGACACCGACAUCAAGGCUUGCGCAUAACCGAUCUUACGUAUACAUCGGGAGCACUAUUCUGGCACCGGGAGAGAGACAUAGGAUUGUAUCAAUGUGUACAAGCUGCAAGUAACGAGACGCAAUUUUGAAUUGUGAUCAAGGAGAAGGGCACCAUUAGGAGGUGCCGUCGAAAAACCGUUCAGAUUAGGUCGGACCGAUAUGUCUUGCAUGAAAAUCUGAAUUUUGAAAGGGCCUGCAAACUUUCGAGUUGGA